AUGGCCACUGCACAAUUGCAAAGAACUUCCAUGAGUGCAUUGGUGUUUCCCAAUAAGAUAUCAACAGAGCAACAGUCUCUAGUGUUAGUGAAGAGGCUCCUAGCAGUUUCAGUAUCCUGCAUCACAUAUUUGAGAGGAAUAUUUCCGGAAUGUGCUUAUGGAACAAGAUAUCUAGAUGAUCUUUGUGUCAAAAUUCUGAGAGAAGAUAAAAACUGUCCAGGAUCUACACAGUUAGUGAAGUGGAUGCUAGGAUGCUAUGAUGCUUUACAAAAAAAAUACCUAAGGAUGGUUGUUCUAGCUGUAUACACCAAUCCAGAAGACCCUCAGACAAUUUCAGAAUGUUACCAAUUUAAAUUCAAGUACUCUAGUAAUGGACCAGUCAUGGACUUCAUAAGUAAAAACCAAAGCAGUGAAUCUAGUAUGUCAUCUGCUGACACCAAGAAAGCAAGUAUUCUCCUCAUUCGCAAGAUUUAUAUUCUAAUGCAAAAUCUGGGACCUUUACCUAAUGAUGUUUGUUUGACCAUGAAACUUUUUUACUACGAUGAAGUUACACCCCCAGAUUACCAGCCUCCUGGUUUUAAGGAUGGUGAUUGUGAAGGAGUGAUAUUUGAAGGGGAGCCUAUGUACUUAAAUGUGGGAGAAGUCCCAACACCUUUUCACACCUUCAAAGUAAAAGUGACUACUGAGAAAGAACGAAUGGAAAAUAUUGAUUCAGCUAUAUUGUCACCAAAACAAUUAAAAACACCACUUCAAAAAAUUCUCAUGGACAAAGAUGAUGUAGAAGAUGAACAGGAGCAUUAUAUAAGUGAUGAUUUUGACAUUGAAACUAAAAUGGAAGAGCAGAAAAAAAACCCUGGAUCUUCUGAACUUGGAGAACCAAGUUUAAUUUGUGAGGAAGAUGAAAUUAUGAGGUCUAAAGAAAGUCUAGAUCUUUCAAUUUCUCAUUCUCAGGUUGAACAGUUAGUCAGUAAAACAUCUGCACUUGAUGUGUCUGAAAGUAAAACAAGAAGUGGAAAAAUCUUUCAGAAUAAAAUGGCUAAUGGAAAUCAACCAGUAAAAUCUUCUAAAGAAAAUCGGAAGAGAAGUCAACUCGAACCUGGGAAAACAGUCCUUCAUCGCUUUGAUUCUUCUAGUCAAGAGACAGUGCCAAAAAGAAGAAAGUUUAGUGAACCAAAGGAGCAUAUAUAA